UGCUCGUUCACGGACAUCGCCUGCUGGCUUCACCACAAAUAUAAUUCCGGCAAGUCCAGCACGUACGUGAAGAACGGCACCGAGUUCGCCAUCCAGUACGGGAGCGGCAGCUUGUCGGGCUACCUCAGCCAGGACACGUGCACGAUUGGCGACAUAUCUGUGGAAAAUCAGCUUUUCGGCGAAGCCAUCAAGCAGCCCGGCGUGACCUUCAUCGCAGCCAAGUUCGAUGGGAUCCUCGGCAUGGCGUACCCGCGCAUCUCUGUGGACGGCGUGGCUCCGGUCUUUGACAACAUCAUGAGCCAGAAGAAGCUGGAGAAGAACGUCUUCUCCUUCUACCUGAACAGGAACCCGGACACGGAGCCCGGCGGUGAGCUGCUGCUCGGAGGAACCGACCCAAAAUACUACAGCGGGGACUUCAACUACGUCAACAUCAGCCGGCAGGCGUACUGGCAGGUCCACAUGGACGGGAUGACGGUGGGCACCACGCUGAGUCUGUGUAAGAGCGGCUGUGAGGCCAUCGUGGACACGGGGACGUCUCUGAUCACCGGCCCCGCCACCGAGGUCAAGGCCCUGCAGAAAGCCAUCGGAGCCACUCCGCUCAUCCAGGGCGAGUACAUGGUGAACUGUGACAAGAUCCCAACGCUGCCGGUCAUCAGCUUCAGCGUCGGCGGGCAGACCUACGCUCUGACCGGAGAGCAGUACAUCCUGAAGGUGAGUCAGGGCGGGAAGACGAUGUGUCUGAGCGGCUUCAUGGGUCUGGACAUCCCGCCGCCCGCCGGGCCGCUGUGGAUUCUGGGAGACGUGUUCAUCGGUCAGUACUACACCGUCUUUGACCGGGACAACAACAGAGUGGGCUUCGCCAAGGCCAAGUGAGCAACACGUUCAAGUGCAAAGCUAAAAAAAAAAAAAAAAUCCGGAGACACAAACCCGAGCUGCACACGUUUUCUGUUGCUUCGCAAUCAAACCGUUUUUAGCGAUAGAUUUUGUGUAGAGCCCGAGCGCACUGACCGGGACGAUCAGUGCGGUUUCCAGCAGAGACGCAGGUCGGACGUUUGAUGUGUGUGUGUGACGGGUGUGUGCGUGAUCACGGAGCGGUCGAUUGUAACGGUACGGCCCGUUUUUAAAACAUUAAGUGAUUUUUUUUUUUUUUUUUUUUUUUAAUCAGGGAUUUGUUUUUAAACACUUAAUUUGCAUUUUAGGAGGAAAUUUGUUCCGUAACUACUGACUCUGAGUGUAUCUUAAUGUGAUUGGCCUGAAUAAACAGUUUUUAAAAGAA